AUAUUGUCCAGUUAAAAUAGAGCACCCUUCGUUUAUACACACACAAAACACCUAGCAGAAUCCACUCUCGACAUAGCGUAACUCCCCACAUGACUACAUACAGAUUUCAUCUGGCCAUGGCAGCCCUGGCGGGCGCAUCGUUCGUGGCUGUCUCGACGUUCUACAUGCACCAGAAGACGGUGAUCGAGUUCCUGGACUUCAUCAACACCCUGGGAAGAGUGAAGCUCAGGGAGGUCGCUGGACCAGAGACCUGCUCACCGCCGCGGCAGAGAAGGCGGAGGAGCAACGGCCGUCGCAAGCUCAGGGAGCUGAGGCGCACCGUGUCGUCCCCGCCUGUGGUGGACGCCGGCGGAAUCGACGAUGGGGCGGGGAAGUCGAAAAGCUCGGAUCGGGUCGAGGGUAUACCCAUUAGGAAUUCUAAGCUCCACGCACUCUCCGAAGGCAUGGCUAUGUCGGACUUCUCGCCCGAGUGAGGAUAAGUCGGUUGAUCAAUUGGAUUAUCGCUAGGUUUUACGGUCCUUGAUCUAAUGAUUCUAGUUAUAUAUAUAUAUGAAUGGGAAGGUCUAAUAGUUAUGGACUACUACACACAUCACACUUUGCGUUCUGAUGAUUUCUGGUUCUUGUAGAUAAUGUCAAGAAACCACGUAUAUGUAAUUUGCCAAGUUAUCUAAUUUGUUAGUGGGUCUAUCAUCGAAAUUUUCAAUUUAAAUACAUCUCUUGCCUACUAAGGUACUUAA